CGUCUACAUUAAUUACCACAACCUUCAUUUCAAAAUCAUUUGUAACUACAUCAGAUCACUAUUGGAUAUAUCAAUAAAGGUCGCCGCCUCAUUUGGUAUCUCCGGAACACAGAAGGUAAUGGGCUCGAAUGAGGAGAUCCUAACUGCUUUGAAGAUUCUCCAGAAGUACAAUUUAAAAGUAGAAGCCUUUAAGUUCUAGUAUUGUCUUUAAAGGAAUCAGAGCUUGCCUUAAAACAAGAAGCUGGUCUCAUCAAUGAAAAAAUUGCAGAAGAAUUUCUGAAAUUUAAAGCGUCAGUUCUUCCUACUUUUUGUUACGAUCUUUCAGUCAAGUAAAAGAUGAACCAGAGAACUUUUGCACUAACUACCAGUCUAUUCUCACAUUUGUGGAUUCGGUUCCUGAUAUGCAUAAAGUAAAAAAUCUAAUUAGCUUCAAUGGGUUGCGUACUUUCAGGUGGAGUUGUCUACAUUACUCUUCCCUAUUUUCGUCCAUAUGUAUCUCCGUCUAGUUAGUGGAAACAUUUGUGCAGAGGCCAAAAAGUUCCUAAUAACAUUUAGGAAAUAUCAAGAAGAUUUCUAUCAGUCAGAUAUUAACAUGCUGUCGAACAUUACUAGUUCACAACACUUGUCAACGAAUCCUUUAAUUGAAUCAUUUCGAGCUUCCGAGUUUGUUGUCAGUGUUUCGACCGAGUCUUAUUCACUUCUGCGUCAGUUUCUUCAAGAUAAGGAAAUGAAUGUCAUUCAAAGCAUUUUAAAGGAACAAUUGUCACUUGAAAUCAUCAAUGGCCCCCCUAGGUCAAAGCUCCAAGUCGAUUGCCGUCGUGGUGCUUUAUUUGGCGAGGCUCGCCUUGACGCUAACAAAGAACCUGUUUUGUAUGGUCUUCUAAAAGAUCCUGCGUUAGACUUACCAGUUGAAAUGGAUGCUGAUCCUGGCUUCAAUGACAUUGAUGGGAGCAAUGUAGAUAAUAACGAAGAUAACGGUGAUCAGAGUGUUGCAAAAAAGAAAAAACGGAGAGAUGGUAUGAUGUCAGGUUCUGGACAUUCUGGUAGACCAUCUCUUUCAAAAGAUGUUAGCAAGUCUGAUUCCAACUCUCCAGCUCUUGAUCGAAUUCCUCUGCCUAAGCUGCGCGAGUCAUACAUUGAAAGCAAACAAGCCCUUUCACGAGAGAUAUCUACUCUUCUACGUAAUUAUCAACAGCGAAAUCCACAAAAGUCGUCAAUCGGUACAAGUACAGUCCUUUAUACAAUAUGCAACUCUCAGGCUGGAGAGUCGACUCUAGCUAUUCGAAGAGGUGGUGUUACAUGUUGCAGUUUCAGUGAUGACUCAUCACAACUAGCUGCCGGAUUCGGAUCAGGUCGUAUCCGUGUUUGGUCUUUAGGUCCCGAGUCUUUAAGGCGUAUGCUUCCAGCUUCAGAGUUGAGCUUACUAGAUAAAGACGACUCAAGAGUAAAAACCAAUAUGUUAUAUGACGAAAAUGAUGAGACCCACCUAACUCGGGAUCUGUUAGGUCAUCUUGGCAGUGUGUUCGGUGUCGCAUUUAGUCCUGACCGGCAGCUUAUUGCUUCAGCUAGCUCAGAUGGCACUGUUCGAUUAUGGUCUACUCUAAUAUGGGGUGGUGCCCUAACUGCAUGGCGUGAUCAUCUUCUACCUGUUUGGUGUGUUACUUGGGCUCCAACAUAUGGCCAUUAUAUAGCGACAGGAGGAGCUGAUCGUAGUGCACAUUUAUAUGCAACUGAUCAUGCACCAGAUGCUUUACGUGUUUUUGUUGGACACAAAGGUGAUGUAACGUCAGUGUGUAUACAUCCAAAUGUUAAUUAUCUUGCAACUGGCAGUGCUGAUCGAGCUGUACGCUUAUUUGAUGUUCGUUCUGGAAAGCUAACAAGAAUCUAUACAGGUCAUAAAGGUUCUGUUCAGACUCUGGCGUUUUCGCCUUGCGGUCGUUAUCUGGCUAGUGGAGGUUGGUGUGGUACUACAUGUCUUUGGGACUUGGGGUCUGGACAACAGGUUGGUCAACUUGGAGGUUAUUCGGCAUCUAGGGCUCCUGUAAAUCAACCAAGUAAUGAUUUUGACUCUCAGGAAGCUAAUUCGGACUCAAGUCAGUGGUUAACUGGUCCAGUUGUAUCUCUCGCAUUUUGUCCGGGUAAUUCAGGACGUUUGGCCUCAGGUGGUCUAGAAGGAGCACUACGAAUAUGGAAUACAGUUAGUGGUUGGUCAACUGCCGUUACAACUCCAGCUACUGGUAAUAACGAUGAUAAAAACUCCAAAACCAAUCUUUUGGCAUUGCAUCGAUUCACCAAACAGCAGUUUGUCCGUCAAAACUCAAAAAAUAAUAAGAGCAGUGGAGUUGGAGGUCAUAAUAUUUUAGGAUAUUAUUCUUCAGCGACUGGUCCUGACGUUUCUGAUGCAUGUGCUAGCGAAGUGUUUUUCACUAGACGUACCUCAGUCCUUGGACUGCACUAUGUUCAUCCUUAUUUGCUUUUGGCAGCUGGACCAUAUAACCAAACCUGAUUGCUUUAAGUAGGUAUUCUUAAUGUACAGUUGAUUUUUAUAUUUCAUUCCCAAACAUUGUUUUGACACUUUUUGUUCAGAUGUUUUUUAUACUACUGCAUUUCCAUAAAAGUAGUUAAUGUUAUUUCCCUAAUAUUUUCUAGGCAUUAGUGGUAUUUAUACGUACAUUAUUGCGAUAUUUCAUUUACCUAUCCUCAAUUUUCCGAUUUUUUCACCAAACUACUCUGUAAUUAACUAACACCAUGUACAAAGUGUAAAUUGAUUUUUCAAACGAAAAAAGUUGUUCUUUUAUUGCACUGGUGUUUACACCUAGUGAUGUCAUGCAGUUGUAAUCAACCUAAAAUCUGGCACAAAUAUAAAUUAACCCAAUUUGCAUUUAACAUCAGUAAAAUGAAAAAGGGGUAUUUGCAGUACAGAAAGCGAGGGAGUCGAAGUAACUGCCAUCAAUAAUGACAUGAAAUUCAACAUAAAGAAUAUAUUAAUAAUAAAGUGAAUGGAAACACGAUUGUUAAAACUUAAAGUCCAGAGAAAACACGUACUGGCCAAAAUAUGUUCCACUGCAACCAACUUUGAUUUAUCACCAUAGAUUAUUUUGCAGACGUAAACCUAGGAAUCCCCACCUCCCAAGACAGUCAUGAAUUAGUCCUAUGUCAAUAAGUUUGUUCGUCCCAUACUUCUUUCCAACUUAAUCAAAUGCUAGCGACCAUUAUAAGUUGGUGUAGGCGAUGGUUUAAGCAUACAAAACCCACCUUUAAUUAUGAUCCUACAUCAUCUACUGAAGACAUUCUCAAUGAUAUACUCUUUAUGGUUCAGAACAAAUAUAAAAAGAAAAAUGGGAGAGCUUCAAAGUCAAGUUUAGAAAGUUGGUUACAGAUUGCUUGGCGGGUUCAUGACGCUGUUCUCUCGGGAUUGUCUUGCAUUUCAUACUUUGAAAAUUUGUAAGCAUCAAAUAAUGAUACAGUUAUUCGACUAGCUAACUAAUUACUCCUAUCCAUGGAUUCAGUGUUACUCGUGUUUAGUCAUGUAAGCGACAGUAUCUUAAAGUAAAUGCAGACAAAACAACAGUCAAUGUUUCUCACACCUAUCUCCAUGCAAUUGACUAAAGUUCAUAGUUGUUUUUGAAGGAAAUACAGCGAAAAUAGUUUAGCUAUGAAGAUAUAAACAAAGGUGGAUAAAUCAGCUGUUUCUGUUGUGCUCUAAAUAAGUCCCUGCACCAAAUGAUUCCUACUAUAGGGGACGCUAACCAAAUUUCCUGGGCUACCCAGAAUGAUAAAUGGUGAUUAAAUGUUGGAGAACCACUAAGAUUGAAUAAUUAGACUAUCCCUAAAAUAACGCUCGGUUUUCUCCCUUGCACAAAUGGGAAGCUUAUUUACUUUAGACGAAUAAUUACACCAGAAACCCUCCUAGUGUCUAUUAUACAGGAU